GUUCACCGACUUCCACAGCAGCCGUGUUAGAUAAGGAGAAGUGGGGAAGAGAGAGAGACAGAAAUAUUCUCCUCUCCGUUCUCUCCUUGAAAUUUUGGAUCGCAUUUCAUCAUCAACCAUAGCCUUCAAGUCAAUCCUCUUGUGCUCUCCUCGCGUUUCACAUGCUAACCAACUUUAAUUUCCUCCCCCAGUUCAUGAUUCCCACUCAAAAAUAUCUCUUCCCUGCACCAAACACCAGCACUGGCAGCUCAAUAAGGUUAUUUGUUUGUUUUUUGCUUUUUUAAGAAAAAUUAUUUAGUGCCAACCAGCAGCCAGUUGCUAGUGCUUCUCCCCUUCAGCCUUCCUCAGCAGCGCUGUUUCAGUUCGCUACAUACCUAGCUAUUUCCACUUUGGCUCUUCAAGCUUCAGUUUCAAAACAUGAUGCCUGCAGAUUCCCUUUCUGUUCCUUCCACCGUUAACACCUUCGUCGACCCAAAUUCCAACCCUAACCCUAAUUCAAAUCCAGUCAAGAAAAGGAGAAAUCUCCCCGGAACACCAGAUCCAGAUGCAGAAGUGAUAGCACUAUCGCCGAAGUCCCUCAUGGCGACGAACCGCUUCGUGUGCGAAAUCUGCAAUAAGGGCUUCCAGAGAGACCAGAACUUGCAGCUGCACCGCCGCGGCCACAAUCUUCCGUGGAAGCUCCGCCAGAGAACCAACAAAGAAGUGAGGAAGAAGGUUUAUGUAUGCCCUGAGAAGACCUGCGUGCACCACGAUCCCUCCAGAGCCCUCGGAGACCUCACCGGGAUCAAAAAACACUUCAGUAGAAAGCACGGGGAGAAAAAGUGGAAGUGCGAAAAAUGCUCCAAGAAGUACGCGGUUCAAUCCGAUUGGAAAGCCCAUAGCAAGAUUUGUGGCACCAGAGAGUACAAAUGUGACUGUGGCACCAUUUUCUCCAGGAAGGACAGCUUCAUAACUCACAGAGCUUUCUGUGACGCCUUGGCCGAAGAAAGUGCGCGAACAAUAACGACAGUACCCUCAGCAUUUACUAACAUGAGAAGUGACCAUUUGAUGAGCAUCAAUCACCACCAAGCACCACGAAUAAUCCCUGAGAUAUUUCCAGGGUUCCAUCCAGAAUUUGGAGGUUCCGAAGGAGCAUUGGGGAACUUUGGUCAGCUCAAUCAACAGCUCAGCGUAGGAAGCAACAAUUUGAAUUCCCGCUUUCCGGAUUUAGUUCAAGGGAUGGACAUGUUUGGGACAUCAACGCAUCAGACACAGUGGGUUAGCCGAUACCCAGAAGCAGAAUCAUCAAUUACAAGUGCCAACAACAUGUGUGUGUCUGGAAUGGUGCCACAUGGACUGAAGCAAGAACCAGAAGAAAACAAAGUAGAGUUGUCGCAUAGCAUAGGCGCUCUGUACUCCUGUCAUCAGAUUCAGAACCCACAAGCUGGAGGAGCAAGUCACAUGUCAGCCACUGCACUCUUACAGAAAGCGGCACAGAUAGGAUCUACGACCCCCAACAAUGUCAACACAUCCUCCUUCAACUCUAUCAACCACUUUGGAUUGAUGGGCUCAGCUGUUCUAAACUCCUCCAACAACACUAACGUUGACGUUCACAAAAUUUUCAAGCAAACGAAUAACAAGAGUACCAGCCUUGGAGGUGGGUUUCUGCUAAACGACUCUAAUCCAAGGUCGUUUGCGAGCACAGCCAAGGGUUUGCGUUCGAGCUCGAAUGAAGAGGAGCUAGGUUUGACCAGAGACUUUCUGGGAGUUGGAGGGGAGUCGAUGAGCGGACCCUUUCUGGAGCAAGAGUUAGCCAAGUUCAGUACAAUGGGCUCAGCCUCAGCUUCAGCGCCUUGGACCUGAGCCAGUACGUUGCGCAUCACUCAUCGUAAGUUUCGACUUUCGACUAAUGAAGCAGCUUAGGGAAACUAGUUAAGGUAGGUAAGUUGAGAGUUUGAGGCUGGAAGCAAGCUAGUCGACUCGACUCAGCGCCGGGCGCAGAGAGAAACAGGAGAAAGUGUAACUAUUUUGGUUUGGUAUACCUACCUGCAACUAUAUGAUCAUAUCCCGAAUUUUAAUUAAGUACGCACGUACGACUCAUCGGCUUAUUAAUUUUAGGGAUACUUUAAUCAAAAGCGAAAUAUGUUUACUCGAA